CUUCAAAGAGGAGGCCAAGCCCCGCGUUUGGUUACCGGCGCGUGACAGAGGGGGGACAUAGUGGCGCGUGAGCUAAAGAGGAGGAGGACGAAGAGGGCAAAUCAUACGUAACGAAGAUUAUGGAGGCAGAGAGCAGACGGCAGGAAUGAGGCGCGCGAGAAAACCUUCACAAUCAAAGUUGAAAAAAGAGAUUAGAGAGAUGGCUCACAGGCUGCUGAUACGUAGAGUCUGGACGUUGUCUGUCAAAGAUAUCCGCUGCCUCCCGUCGUCCGCCGCCACAAUCUCCUCAUCUUCCUUCUCAACCUCUCUGCAAUCUCCACCAAGCCGGGUCUCCCUCCUCUCCCCGCCACGCACCCUGCCUCGCACUCUUCAUCAGAUCUCCCGCAGGGAAGUCUCCUUCAACGUCCAGGACAACGAGGAUUUCACAGAAAGGGUCAUCAACAGCCAAUUGCCCGUGUUAGUGGACUUCCACGCUCAGUGGUGUGGCCCCUGUAAAAUCCUUGGCCCCAGGCUGGAGAAGGCUAUUGCCAAACAGAAAGGCCGCGUUGCCAUGGCGAAAGUCGACAUCGAUGAGCACACAGACCUGGCCAUUGAAUAUGGGGUUUCUGCUGUUCCAACCGUCAUCGCCAUGCGAGGAGGCGACGUCGUCGAUCAUUUUGUUGGGAUCAAAGAUGACGAUGAACUGGACUCUUUUGUCAGCAAAGUCAUUGGACAAUAAGCUGUUUGCUUUCAAUAUUUGUUCCUCUGGUGCACGUGGCUGCCCCCCCCCCCAUCUACAUCUAAGUCUGUUUAGCCACAGCCAGUGAAUGAAGCGUUGCCCCAGCUCCAGCUGGCACCCCGUCAGAGGUUCACACCCAUCCAAGGACCAGCUGCUUCAGUCCUGGCGUGUUGCGUUUGUGUUCCUCCUCUCUUUUGUCUGGUGAUGGGUGUGAGCCUCCGGCUGCGUUUUACUUUAGGCUUUUGCUGCAUUCAGAAGCAGCUCUGUGAAUCGGUAACUAAUGUACGUAAAAGCUAAAUAAAAGCUGUUGUGUGUACUGUGAGGAAGAAACUGAGCUUCUGGGAAACCUGACUUUACUGAAUGAUACUUUAGCCCACACGAUGGCGUGGCAUCUGUCAAACACGACUACGCCACACGGGGUCACUUUUACACCAUUUAUGCCUAUCAAUGUGAGGAGGAUGUUUGACUGUGUGUGUGUUUGGGAAACUGAGGUCUGUUGGAAAUUACAGAUGUGAGUUUAAUUUCAGUUUAUGACUUAAAUGAGAUCUGUGUACCGGAAUCAUGACCAGAUGAAGUAAUAAAGACGUCAAGAUGUUCA